AUGAAUCACUCCAUCCAGCUCGCUGCUUGUCUUCUAAUCAUUUCAUCUUUAGCAACAUUGCCAGCGGCUCAAUAUUUAGGUGAACGAGCAUACGUGCUCCAACAGCGAAUGGAAUGCAAGGGUGGAAAGGUUUAUGAUAUUGACAACGUCCAGGACAUUGAGCAAUGCAAGGAGGCCUGCCGUCAAUUCGAUUGCGAUGCUGUUAACCUUUUCCAACUGGGAGAAUUCUCUUUCAAAUGUGAAGUUCUCAGUUAUACAAACGGCAUGGUUCCCGCGACUGGAGCUGCCUGCUACUAUGCCACUGAUUCAGGAGCAAUCAAUGGAGGAGGCUAUGGUGGAUAUCCCAACUGGGGAAGCUUUGGAAAAAGAAAGUAA